CUUGUAAGUUGUCCAGAGGUAUUAGAAAAUCCUACAUAAUUAACAAGCGUACAGAGCCGGUAGAAUUCCUACCCUCCCCGUCUAUGCCAAUCAGCCGUGCUCAACUAACCCGCCUUGCCCUGAAUGUGUUUCUCCGACUUGCCAUUGCCCAAAUGCUGGCGGUGUUGGCAGUGCUACUACUACCUCUCUGUCUGGGAUUCCUGAUUCUCGAGGACCAUGUCCUGGCUCCGGUUAUACUUGUCACGAAUGUCUCGACGGGUGGUUCUGCCCGCCUCUUCAGACUCCGGCACAGCCUGCACCUUGCGGGUUUGGUUGGCCUUGUGCUCAUUGCGACGGAGGAUGGUUCUGUGUCCCCCAACCAACUCUAGGUCCGGAGACAUGCGCAGGAUCAAGCGGACCAGCUACGAAUGGCCCUGGAAUCAUAUCGUCUACAGUCUCCUCACCUAGGAACCCCUCUCAAUCAAGCCCGACACAACCAACGGAGUCAGGCCCUAUCACGCCGAGUCCAAAAAGUCCCAGAGAAGCUUCAGGCUGGGGCUACUGUGGCUGCUGGGCUGACCAAGCUGACAAUCGGGCGUUCAACAUGGAACCACUUCUCAAUUUAGGUCCUCUGACUAACGAAGGGUGUGUUCAGCACUGCAUAGGUCAUGGCUUUCUUAUGGCGGGUACCGAAAACGGUGACAGCUGCUACUGCGGAAACUUUCUCAAUGGUACACAGAAGCUCGACGAUUCUGUAUGCUCAGUUUCAUGUACAGGUGACUCUGGGCAAGCCUGCGGUGGCAACGACGCGCUCAGUUGUUACAGUUCCGACAACCAAGCCCAUGGUUGGGCUAGUGCGGGUCCCCAACCUCUACCCGCGACCGCAAAACUACCCGAGAUCAUAUCUAUGAACGUGGGUGGCGUUGCUCAAACAGUGGUUACGGGACCGGCGGUAGUAUUCCCUCCUCCUGAUGCAGAUAUGAGUCAAUUGGUUAGUCAAUUUGGGCACAAGACACGACAACCACAGGGAGAGCUGCCUAAUAAUUUGGGCUCAAAUUCGGCGGUACCUACAAGUGCGAACAGAGGUUCUAUUCCAGGCGCCUCGGCAACACCGCCGAAUGGAGGCGGUGGCGUCACCUCGGGGCGGUGUACAGAAGAACCAGGAUCAUUUCCAAGCGGGGGCUCCGCCGUUGGUCCGACUUCACCUAGGGGUAACGGCGGUAACGGUAACUCACCGCCCAAUAAUAGCGGAACCACCCCAGGUUUUGGGAGCGGUGGAUCAUCUUCAAACACAAAUGGAGACAUGGGGCCAAGUCCAACUACACCGGGAAGUAGCCUAACAGUAUCUCCAAAUGGAAACUCAGGGGCCAGCCCUAGCUCAGCAACUAACGGAGCUGGUAGCGGCAGCUUCGGUCAAGGUGGUAGACCCAGUUCAGCCUCAAACGAUGGAAUGAGUGGAGGUCCAACUAUUGGUUCUAGCUUGAAUACUUCACCAAAUAAUGGAGGCGAUAUGAACCCCACGGGAUCAGGGCACGGUUCGCCUUCUAACGGAAGUAUGCCAAGCCAAAAUGGUGGUCUCGGCUCAGCUCCUUCUGCUGGUACAGCUGGUAGUAAUUCCGGUGUGUCUGCUACCAGCCCGAACGGCCAGGGCCAAGGAGCAGCAACCCCAAGUCCUAAUAGUAAUCAAUCAAGUGACAAUAGUCAUUCCGGGCAAACACCUGGCCAAAGUCAUGAAUCAGCCGGCUCGAGUCCUACAGAUAGUUCACCUAGAAGUGGUAGUAACCAGGGUCAAACUUCACCUAGCCAGGCUGAGGGAACUAUUCACCAAUCAAGUAAUGGUGGGAUCCCGGCACAGACGUCUAUGGGUGAAGGACAAGGGAGUUCAUCUCCUAGCCCUACAGCCAAUUCAGCAGGAAGCAAUUCCAACCCAGGGCAGACGUCUCCCAGCCCUGGUAAUGGAUCAGCUACCCCCAGCCCUAAUAGUAACCCAUCAAACAAUGGCGGAAUAUCUGGAGUUUGUACACAAGGUUCGAAUGAUCCGGCUUGCCGUUCAUUCGGAGGUGGGGAUAACGGAGGCUCUACAACACCCCACAUACCGCAAGCAAGCGCUUCACCAAACGGUAACGGCGGGGUAGGUUCCAAUCCACAGACUAGUAACAAUCCAAGUUCUUCGAUACCAAAUAAUGGGGGCGGAGCUACUCUAGGGGACCAAAGCCAGUCGACCAUAUCAAGCCCGAAUAGUGGUUCAAACGGUAACUCGUGUACUUCGGGAUCUACCGAUCCAAACUGUAACUCGUCAGACAACAAUGGGAACUCCAACCUAGGUGGUAUCCAAAGUCAAGGUCCAGCUACGUCACCUAACAGCGGAUUGGGAAGUCCAAGUACAGCCACAAAUGCGCUGGCUACUCCAAAUACAUCAAGCAACGGGGGCAUUGGCAAUGGCACCCCUUCAACACUGGGCUUCAGCCCUACUCCAAGCCCCUGGGCGAAUGGGGGCGGUGGGUCUAACACACAAGGACAAGGCACGCGAUCUACCGGAAACGGAGGGAAUGAAAAUAGCAACCCGGCCAGUUCAGGGUCCAACCCAACCUUCAAUCCGUCGAUGAAUGGAGGUCCCACGCCUAACGGGCAAGGUUUAGGGACGCAAUCAAGCCCUAAUACUGGGGGGAGCUCUGUGUUGACCGCACCGGGCUCAAACGCAAAUACGGCGCCGACUGGAACUAACGGCGGUGAAGCCCAGCCGACAACAUCGGAUCUCAACGUCGGCGGUGUGGGGUCGAGUCCGGAGGCAGCUAACACGCAGACAUCCAGUUUUACAUUACCUCCUGGCGCGGUUCCCUACGGCGGGUUUCGCCCUUCUUCGAUGACAACAUUGGCUUCUAUGAUUGCAUGGACAGAGCCCGACGGUGAGAAAGGGCCGACUACUAUGAUACAAGAUGAUAUGAAAAAUCACGGGGAGUCGUCCAGCACAUUUGAGCUAGAGGUUGAAGAGGUACCCACUACCGUCACUAGUACCACCAUCAUCACUAAUACCGUCACCGUCACUAGUACUUCAACGUCAGUGGAUCCGCGGUGGCAGCGAAUCCGCCCAGUGUGGAUUUGGUAAAAGGAAAAUAGGAACAUGAUCAUAAGGAAACCGUGAUAGAAAAUAGAAAGAGGAAAGUGGGAUAUUAGAACUACGAAAAACUUGAAAACAUUACGACUGGGGAGGUUAUCAUACUAUUUAUCAAAGGGUGAGACGGUCACCUUGUCCUUUUUGGAACUUUUUGGAACUUUUUGGAGUUGGAAUUUCGUCUUUUGGGAGCCGGCACAGUGCUUCAUACAAUCACGACUAUGCUAGACUUAAGCUGUAGGGGAUGUCGGACGAAAGUACUAUUAGUAUAGCUAAUGAAUAGAAAACAACUUAUCCCUUACUAUUACUUGGAUAUUGU